GGUCCGUCACCUGGAAUCCUCACAAGAUGAUGGGCGUCCCACUGCAGUGCUCUGCCAUACUGAUCAAGAAGAGGGGUCUCUUACAGGGGUGUAAUGAGAUUGGGGCCACUUACCUCUUCCAGACGGACAAACCCUACGAUGUGAACUACGACACCGGAGAUAAGAGCAUCCAGUGUGGCCGACAUCAGGACGUCUUCAAGCUUUGGCUCAUGUGGAAGGCAAAGGGGUCUGAGGGAUUUGGAUCUCAGGUCAACAAAUGCUUAGAGAAUGCAGAAUAUCUGUACGAUCAGCUGCAGAGCAGGACUGACUUUGAACUGGUCUUCAAACACAAACCGGAGCACAGUAACGUGUGUUUCUGGUACCUCCCCCCCAGCCUGAGGGGCCUGCAGCCUGGCUCUGACAGAGACAUGAGGCUCCAUCAGGUGGCUCCUCGGAUCAAAGGCAGGAUGAUGGAGAAGGGCUCUCUUCUGAUUGGCUAUCAGCCGUUGGGUGCCAAAGUCAACUUCUUCAGGUGUGUGUUCUCCAACCCAGCCACACAACAGGAGGACAUCGACUUCCUGCUGGAGGAGAUCGCCCAGUUGGGAGAGGACUUAUGACCUGUGAUGUGAUUAUUGGAUCUGCACUUCUCUCCGGUUUUCAUUUUGAAGGAAAUUAGUGCACCAUUGUUUUACUGUGCCAUUCACAUUGUAUCCAUACUUUCUAUAAGCCUUUCCAUUUUUGGUGUUCUUAUAGCUUUAAAGUGAGGAGAUUUGAAACUGUACACUAUUUAUUCAUGUUUUCCAUGGUUCUACAGGGUUAUCUGGUGUGAGGUUUUAGAGUCGUCUUAAUCAAGUUAAUGUAACUGAAAAUACAUGGAAUUGUUUGUCGUGAUACCCCUUGAGAUACUGCAUACCACAGGAGAAAGACACAGGCUUUGAAAAAGGUAAUUCUAUUAAAAAAAACACAAUCAUACGAUCUCACAGGUGGGAAAACUAAAAGACAGAAAGUGAAACUGUAGACACAAAGAGAAUAUUAUUUUAAAAAUAAAAAUUAUAAUUAAGCACAAGCCUGUAAAUGUUUGAAUUUUAGUAUUUUGAUAUUAAUCAUAGUAAAGACUCACUUUCAUUCAUGUCAUGUGAUUGCUGGGCAGUCUUUGUAGGUAGUGGUGAUGAUGGCCAUGCACAUUUAUAAACCAGCAAAUAUUAAACAGCCAGUUAAUACAGUAUAUUAGUGUUGGGAUCAGUUUAAUCUCUGUGUUUUAUCACAAUCUAAUCUCACAAUAUUUCUUCUAAUUGUCUUUUUCUCCUAGAUUUAAGAAAAAAAAUGCAGAGGGGGAAUAAGUACUGCAUUCAAAGUUGAACUUAAGUAGAAGAACAAAAGUAUUAGCACCAACUUAUACUUUAAGUACCAAAAGCAAAGUACUCGUCGUGCAGUUUGGCACAAAUAAGAACCAUAUAGUUUAUUAUUCAUGUAUUAAUGUGUUCAUAAUUUAAUGUUGCACUUAAACGGUAAAAGUGGGGUU